AUGUCAAGCACCAUCACCCGCAAUCAGGGUGCAAGGAUUGAGGAUUUGGAUGACAUUCUUGCAACUAGGGCUCCCGAUUUUAAACACAAAUUGGGCAAGUGGAAGCUUGUUAAACCAGCCUGGAUACCCAAACAAGCCAAUGGUUUUGAUUGCAGCAUUGUCGUUGUGAAGAUGGAUAAGAGUGAAGACAUUCGAAGGGAGGUGGCUAUUAACUUGGUCAUCGCUGGGGAGCACAAUUUGAGAGAUAAAAUCAUACAUAUGAAGAGUCCUGUAUCUUAUGGUGAUGGAGCAGCUGUCACGAAUUCAAAGGGUAAGGUGAUGUUUUCUGCAUCAUUCUUCUAUGGGGAUUGUUCAAAUAAGAGUGACAUCAAGUUGUGGCCUUUUAAGGUCAUUUCUGGUCCUACUGACAAGCCAAGGACUGUUGUCAACUACAAGGGUGAAGAUAAGUCAUUUGUUGCUAAGGAAAUGUCGACUAUGGUGCUUAUCAACAUGAAGGAGAAUGUUGUUGAGGCUUUCCACAAUGUUGUUCUUGUUGGUGGAUCAACCAGAAUUCACAAGGUGCAGCAGCUAUUACAGGACGUAUUUAAUGGGAAGGAGUUGUGCAUGAGCCAUUGCCAAUGA